UUAAAGGAAGAGGGUAAAUAAAACCGCCCGUCUGCCCAGCUGGAAAGCGAUGACUCAGCCGCCCCCGCCGACCCUCGCCCCCAGGCUGAUCCCAGAGAGCGGGCGUCGCGGCCCAGCCCGGACCCCUCGGCUCCCGGGACCUCUCUCCGGUCCAGGUCGUGGGGACGCGGUCAGAGCAGUCCGUCCCCCAGUUCGGGACACUGCGAGGGCGCAGGGAGGAGAGCGGGUUUCCUCUUCCCCUCCCAUUUACUGAGCUCUACGGGUUGCUGUUCUAGCCCUUUCCACGUGUUCCCUAAUCCAGCAAAGGUUACUGCUCCCCUGGGAAGGGCCCCCGAAGAGGACGGAACGGCCAGCGCUCGGGAGUAAGGAAGGGGGCCUCGACCCUCCUUCUGCCCCGGGAGCCCGAGAGCGGCAGGGCUGGACUUGGGGCGCCUGGAGGGUGAAGGUCUGGUCCCCGCUGUCUCCCCACGGUGGACCGGCCCCGGGCCCGGGCGUGCUUCUCGGGGCUCCCUGGCUCCUACGCCCGGCACGACAUGAAGUCCCCCGACGAGGUGCUACGCGAGGGCGAGCUGGAGAAGCGCAGCGACAGCCUCUUCCAGCUAUGGAAGAAGAAGCGUGGCGUGCUCACCUCCGACCGCCUGAGCCUGUUCCCCGCCAGCCCCCGCGCGCGCCCCAAGGAGCUGCGCUUCCACUCCAUCCUCAAGGUGGACUGCGUGGAGCGCACCGGCAAGUACGUGUACUUCACCAUCGUCACCACCGACCACAAGGAGAUCGACUUCCGCUGCGCGGGCGAGAGCUGCUGGAACGCGGCCAUCGCGCUGGCGCUCAUCGAUUUCCAGAACCGCCGCGCCCUGCAGGACUUUCGCAGCCGCCAGGAACGCACCGCGCUCGCCGCACCCGCCGAGGCCGCCGAGGCCGCCGUGGCCGCCGCACCCUCCGAGCCCUCCGGGCCAUCUCCGCAGCCCAAGCCCCGCACGCCAUGAGCCCGCCGCUGGCCAUACGCUGGACGAGUCGGACCGAGGCGAGGACGUGGCCGGCGCUCUCCAGCCCCGCAGCAGCAGCAGCAGAACUUCCCGUGCGCGCGGAUCCUUGCUCCGUUGCACGGGCGCCUUAAGUUAUUGGACUAUCUAAUAUCUAUGUAUUUAUUUCACUGGUUCUUUGUAGUCACAUAUUUUAUAGUCUUAAUAUCUUGUUUUUGCAUCACUGUGCCCAUUGCAAAUAAAUCACUUGGCCAGUUUGCUUUUCUACCA